UUUUCCACAGACUUUCCUUUUACGUUUCGUCCUUCGAUAAACCGUGAGGGCGACUGGCGAGCGGCGCGCCGAUUGGAUUUCUCACUGGAGAUUAACCCGGUGUGGUUGGACCCGCCUCCCAGCACGCCCACCGUGCGGGGCUUUUAAUUUGCGCGCGGCGGGUUCAUCACCAGUGUGGGUAAGUGUGGUUCGUCACCGGUGUGAGGAAACAGCCGCGGAUUAAUCGUGCGGGGAGUACAGACGCGUGGAGGCUGCGAGGAGAACUCAUCUCAGACAGUACUGUACAACAACGUCCGCGUCAGGCGUGCAGGAUCAUUACGCCUCAAGACACUCUCAAGCCGGGACUUUUAGAACACGCCGUCGCCUUGAAGACGUUCUAGAAGGAAGUCUGUGUUCACAUUUGCGGUUCAAAGUAACGUUCAUCCCAAGAGAGCGCGUAUCGUACCUCCCCACACCGGUCCUCAGGCCUGCUGAGCCUCCCGCCCGCAGACUUGACCCACCAGCGCCGGGACAGAUAUCGGCUUACCCCCGCCCGUCUCGGCUUACCCGCGCCGGUCUCAGCUUACCCCGCGGGCUUCACCAGGGACACUGACGCGUGUCGGGUUUCCUGCAGGACCAGCCCGACAACAUGGCGAGCGGCAAGGCUACAGGACCCGCCGCUUGGGAGAAGGACCUCUCCCAGGAAGAGAUCGCGGAGCUGAAGCAGGCGUUCAGCGAGUUCGACAAGGGGACGGGGAUGAUCGACACCGGGGACUUGGGCUACAUCAUGCGGGCCAUGGGGCAGAACCCCACCGAGCAGGAGGUCCAGGACAUGGUCAAUGAGGUGGACCUCGACCAGUCCGGAACCAUCGACUUCAACGAGUUCAUGUCCGUGAUGGCGCACAAGCUGCUGGAGACCGACCACGCAGAGAUGCUCAGGGUCGCCUUCCGGGUGUUUGACAAGGACGGUAACGGUUACAUCGACUCUGGCGAGCUGCGGCACGUGAUGACGCACCUGGGGGAGAAGCUGUCUGAGGGGGAGGUGGAUGAGAUGAUCCGGCUGGCUGACGUGGACGGAGACGGGCAGCUCUGCUACGACGAGUUCGUCAACCUGAUGAAACCCAAGCGCGACAAGGACGAAUUCUGAUGGACUCAUCUCACCCGGGGGUUGUUGUGAGCGUGCUGCCAAGAGGAGGGGGUCCGGUACGGGUGGGUGGGUACUUGGUGGUCAGG